AAAAGUCGCCAAUAUUGGAGAACAUUUUCUCGGAAGAUAUAUGAAAAGUACUCAAAAUUCUCAACCAGUUGUAAUUCGUAAAGUUAUGAAAAUAUAUAAAUUGUCUGAGAUUAAUGGAUAGAAAUCGGUGGAAAGAUUUGAUAUGUUUUAGCUACAAAUAAGAUUGAAAAUAUACACCUUGCUUUGGCGCUAGUGUAGGUGAUACUGCUCAUACCUUGGUAAACAAUAACCAAGGCUUAUACAUUUCUAAUUUUUCUGCAUCAAAACAAAUCGUUGUCAACUCGAAGUCGGUGUGUUGUUAGGCUAAAGAACUGUCACUUCUUUAGAUAAAUUGUUAUCGUUACACCUUUGUGAAAUUUGAAUUAUAUUUCUAUUGUGUAAUGCUCAGCUGAAUUUAUUUUUAAGGCACGAUAAUUGUUCACGUGAAUUAUGAUCAUUCCUUUACAUUAAAGAUCUGAAAAGGUAGGCUCCAUCUCUUUCAAAAAUGAUUAUUCUACUAAUUAUUACAUCUAGUUUCUUCUCCUUUAUUACAAGUUACAGCAUUGGAAUAAUAUCAGAAGAUUCUCCAGUUAUUGAAAUCAGUGAUGGAGAAGGUUUUAUGAAGAGAGCUGUUUCAAUAUUUGGAGAUUCCUCACAAAUGUCACGUCUACAUGAUUCAAUGCAUGGAGUUAAGAUGGGCAUUUCAUCCGAUGUUUGUGAUAAUGCUAAGGAUAACCUUUCUGUAGACUGGGAUGGAUCCCCAUUAAAUUACACUUGCUAUCACCCUAAAAAUCGUCUCCCUGUCGUUAAGGGAAUGAAACCAAUUGAAGAAUGCAACAUUCCAUCUAAAUAUAUUGUAAUGAUUCUUAAGUCAAAACAUGUCUGUAUGAAUGAAAAGAUUGAAUAUGGUGUGUCUAUUCCUACUUAUGGAAAUCAUAGACCCCUGUGGCCAGUCUAUGGUGAAUACAUAUAUGUUCCUCUUCAGCGAUGGUUGCAUAAUUUAGAGCAUGGAGCUGUUGUAAUGUUAUAUCAUCCUUGUGCUGAGCCCCUGGAGGUGGAAAGGUUAAGAAAAAUAGUGAAGGGCUGCUUGCGUAGACACAUUAUUACACCAUACAUGUAUCUCUCUGCUGAUAAACCUUUGGCACUUGUUACUUGGGGGUGUAAGCUACUAAUGAACCAUGUUGAAGAAGAUGUUGUCAAAUCAUUUAUUAAGGCUCGAGCAUUACGUGGACCUGAAGCUCUAGCAAAAGAAGGACAAUAUCGUUAUAAAUUAUUAGAUGUUGCUAUGAUACCAGAAGGAUCUAGUUACCAAGAUAAAAAAUUAUGUCCAUCUUCAUAAAUCCCUUUUGCCAUUUUUGCCCUUAUGUGACAUACAAUUCUUGGGACAUAAAACCCAAAUUUUAUUUUAUUAAUGCAUAAAAAUAAUUGUUUUAUUAUUGAUACAUAAGUUGGAUAAAUAUUUCUGGUUGCAAUGCUACAGCAUGUGUGCAUAAAAUGAUCAAAAUUUAAAACAAAAUACAUUGAUUUUUACUUUUUUGGUGAAAACUUGUUAAUCUGUAUUUGUAUGUUUUAAGGGAUCAACAAACUAUUUUUUACAUGUCAUUUUAUUCAGCAAACAAAUUGUUUUGUUUAUGUUAAACGAUCAAUUAAUUUAUAUUUUUAUGGAUAUACCACAAACAGCAAAAUGAAAUGAAUACUAAGUGAAAUAUGUGUGUACAAAUUCUUAAAAUUAAUUUAAAAUGUAAUUAAAGGCAUUCAUAAAUAAGUUAACAUGAAAAUGAUAUUAAAUUUAAGGGAAAAAGUAUAGAUUGCAAUUAAAAUAGUUUAUCUUUUGUUAUAGAAUCAAAGAAUUUUUCCUUCAAAUGGAUUUAUUGGGUACUUAAGUUUGAAAUCUAUUUAUAUACAUAAUUAAAUUUUAACAAUAAGAGGUAUUACUAAAAAUAUUUAAAGUAAAAAGAUAUUGGAUAUUUUUACUAUAUUAUGUUAUUAAUUAAAAAAAAAACUUUUUAACGAAACAUAAUUGUCAAAACUUAAAAUAUUCAUUUCAUCUUAGUUAAUAUAUCAAAAUUACUAUAAUACCUAACAUAGGGAUCAAUUUAUGAUUGAAUUCUUGCUAAAUAUUUUUUGCCAGUUUUUAAAUACUUAAAAUUUUUUAAGUAGGUAUACUUUUUGUUUUCAAUAAUUUGUCCUAGAUCUCUCAAAAAAGGUAUAGCAAUUAUUUACAAGUUUUCUAAAAGCACUCUUACAAUCAAAUCGAUUACUCCAAAGCUAGAAACUUAUGAUUCUUUUUAAAUAUUUUACAUAUUAAACUAAAAUAACAGCUGGUAUGGAAACAAAUUACACAUAUCUGUAAUAACAAAAUUAAUUUAUCUUCAUUUGAUUGUAUGAAGUAAUCUUGAAGUAUUUUUCAGGUUUUUUUUCACAUAAAUAUUUUUUGCAAUUUACUAACCCUGUCGAUAUACUUUAGCAUUUAUGAAAAACAUAGAAACAACAAAAAAUUUAUUUUCACCCACUAGCUAUUCUUUUCUGUAGUAUCUUUAGUUGUGCCAUAUUCUUUGUACAUUUUUAGUUUUAUUAGAGAAUACAUUUAAUAAAUUCUCUUUUUUGAUGUUCAAAAUAUAUUUUGUAUAACUUAAAUGUGUCAAACCUAAUAUAGAUAUAGAAUAUGAAAAAUUACAACUUAUUAUUCAACUCACUGUCUUUUAAUUCAGUAUUUCCUUCUUCAGUCUCUUUGUUUCAUAGUUAUGAUUAACCAAAAUCAUUUACUUAUACUCAGUUCAAAAAUUAGUUCAAAUUUAUGCUUGUUGAUAUUAAAUAUAAAAAUUGCCCUUUUCAAAAACAGUUAAUUUAUAAGUUACAUUGAACACUUCAACAUUCCUUUUUUGUUGCAUUUUUUUUCUACCUGACAACUUUGUUGAAGAACUUAAAUUAUUUUUUUUUUAUCUAUUUAAAAGUAUUUACCGUUUUAAUUAAAAACUUGUGAUAUAUUAUUUUUGUGUAUUUUGCGUCACUAUAUAGCCUUUAUCUGUUAUAGUUUUUUAGCCAUUAUAUGUCUGUAUAAAAGUUAUGAGUUUACCAUGUUUAUUGAAUCUAAAUAUCUAUCAAACUGCUUGUUAUCUUGCCAUAUUAAGACUUGCAUUUUUAAUAAUUAAAAAGCUUGUUUUUUAUACUGGUUUUAAAAAAAUAAUACAUAAAUGUUUAUUGUCUUAUUCAUGCCUGCAUGAUAAUAGUUAAGUAAGGUAUUAUAACAUCUAUUUAAUUUAUAUGAAUGUUUAAUAAAAGAAAAACAUUUUUGUUGUA